AUGACAACGAUGUUCAUCCAACUGCGACGUGUGGUGUACCUGUUGGUACUUCUUCAGUGUUAUGCAUGUAUGGCCUCUGCCACCAAUGAGGAUAAUGGGGAGGAGGCACCCGAGCACACGGAAACUCCAGAGGAAAAAGAAAGGAAGUACAAUGAUAAGGUUGUGCGAUUACGCAAUGUGAGUGGCAUGGCACAUGCACGUUAUGUGGAGGGAAGGAGUUGUCUAAAUGUUUGGAGGGAUACGGUAAGGGCAUCCAACGAAAGUUACGCACGCGCGCGAUCUGCUGCAGAAGUCACAGAUGGAAUCGCCGUGAAAAUUGGGUUGAUGAAAGACAAGAUGAGUAAGUCACCAGGAACUUUCGCCGAAUGGGAUUCCGUCAGUAAUCUGCUGGAUGAGGUCAAAAAAACAACAAGCAAUAUUGAAGAGAUGAUUAAGGAGACUGAAAAGAAGAUCCCCAGCAUCAAAAAAGUGGGUGACUUAUGCAAAACCGAACAUGGAAAUGCGGUUGAUAUCCUGAAAGAACUUGAAAAAGCCCACUUCAGGUAUGAGGAGGUGUUUGAUACGACAGAAGAAGUGAAGUGGAAGAAAGAAGGAAAGCUCCUUGAAAACAGCACCGAAACGCAGAAGUUGGUAGAAAAGUUCAUUAAGGAAUUCGAAUUGUUUCGGGGAGAGGCACAAGUUUCUAGGGUAAAUGCCCUCAUACAGAUCGUCAAGGCGAAGGACUCAAUCAAGGGGACGGCGGCAAAGUUCAACGAGCUUGAGGUUGUAGUCGAAGAGGAGGCGAAGAAAGCGGGGGAGACAGGAAAUGCCAAAAAAGUAAAUUCGACACUACAUGAAGUCAAAAAUACAGUGGAAGGUGCACAGAACAUCAAGGAACCAGAAAAGAAUACACUGUUGACGACCAGUGAAUUUAAUGUGACGCUGAGGAAAGAGAGGGUGAAGGUCGCCCAGGAAGUGGCACAGGAGAUAUUAAGGGCCCAAAGGGAGAAAGAAGAACGGGCGAGAAGAGCAGCUGAGGAAGCGCAAAGGGAGAAGGAACGGGUCCAAAAGGAAAGAGAAGAUAGGGAAAGAAAAGCAGCUGAGGAAGCGCAAAGGGAGAAGGAACGGGUCCAAAAGGAAAGAGAAGAUAGGGAAAGAAAAGCAGCUGAGGAAGCGCAAAGGGAGAAGGAACGGGUCCAAAAGGAAAGAGAAGAUAGGGAAAGAAAAGCAGCUGAGGAGGCGCAAAGGGAGAAGGAACGGGUCCAAAAAGAGAGAGAAGAAAGGGAAAGAAAAGUUGCUGAGGAGGCGCAAAGGGAGAAGGGAAAAGAGCCAAAGAAGGCCACAAAGGGUGGGGACAACAGCAACGGUCCCGGUUUGGUGCACAGUCAUUUACUGCUGGUUUUGUUGUGUGUUUUGGGUUGCACUCUCGUGUACUAA